GCGAGGAUGAGUUGAGCAGGGACUCUCAGAGUACUGAUAACGAGGAUAACAGCAAUGACUCCAAGGGUAAAAAGAGAGGAGGAAAACUCCCUGAUGUGAUUGAGGCCACUAAGAAAGGAUCAAAGAAGUCCUCGGUCGGAGACAAGAUGGGGGCAAAGGACAAAAAGUCCAAAGAAGACAAAAAAUCCAAGAAGGACUCAGAGAAGGAGGAAGAACAGUCAGCUGGGGACGAGGAAGAAGGGAAAAAGAAAAAGAAAGACAAGAAGAAGAAAGGUUCGGACAAAGGAGAUAGUGACGAAGACACCAAGAAGACGAAAGGCAAGAAGAAGAAGGUCGAGAACUACGUUGAAAUCUACGAGAAUGAGCUUCGCAACUACGAGCCAGAGAAGGUGGAGAACUACGAAGAUGAGUAUCACAAAAAGAAAGUUUAUGAGGUGGUGACCAUCACCGGUGAUGAGAGGGGAGCAGGCACUGACGCCAACGUGUUCAUCACUCUUUUCGGAGAAUAUGGCAUCACUCCCAAAGUCCACCUGGCAAGCAAGAGUCGCACGGCAUUCGAAAGGGCCAAAACUGAUGUGUUCAGAAUUAGAACUCACAAUGUUGGACCUUUGAAAAAGAUAAGGAUCGAGCAUGACAACACUGGUAUGAACGCGAGCUGGUUCCUGGACAGAGUGGUGGUGACGGAUGUGAUCAGGCCCCACCUGAGGUUCUACUUUGCUUGCAACAACUGGUUGAGUAGGGUGGAGGGAGACGGCCUUUAUGUCAGAGACCUGCUGGGGAGCAUGGACCCCAUGGACAUGCCCAAAUAUAAUAAAUAUGUAGUGAGUGUUUUCACUGCCGAUGUCAAAGGCAGUGGAACAGAUGCAGAUGUCUUCAUCAACAUAUUUGGGGAGUUUGGAGACUCAGGUGAAAGACGACUCGACAAUGACAAAAAUAACUUUGAGAAGGGAACCGAGGACAAGUUCACCAUCGAGGUACCAAACUUGGGCAAAGUGAGGAAGAUCACCAUUGGCCAUAAUAACAAAGGCUCUUCGGCGGGAUGGUUUGCAGAAAAGGUGAUUGUGGAUGAUCUGGGAAACAAAAUGGUGUAUGAAUUCCCAAUCAGUCGUUGGUUUGCCAUCGAUGAGGAUGACGGGAAGAUCCAGAGAGACAUUCUGGUGGGUGGGAGCCAGCCUACAGGUAUCGUGUACAACGUUCAGAUUGUGACAGGAAACAUCAGAGGGGCCGGGACCAACUCCAAAAUCCACAUUGUGAUGCACGGCUCGAAAGGCAUGAAGAACAGUGGCAAGGUGUUUUUGGAGGGAGGAAAGUUUGAGCGAGGCCUGACGGACAUCUUUAAUGUGGAGAUUGCUGCGCUCCUCAGUCCCCUCAGCAGAGUCACCAUUGGACACGACAACGAUGGAGUCAGCGCCGGGUGGUACUGCGAGAAGGUGGUGGUGUACUGUCCGUUCACAGGGAUAGAGCAGACCUUCCCAUGUAGCAAAUGGCUGGAUGAGAAGGAGGGAGACGGGCUGAUAGAGAGAGAGCUCUACGAGAUGGUGUCACUCAGACAGAAGAGACAGAAGAAACACCCCUGGUCCUUGUGGAUCUGGACGUCAGACCUGCCCGGUGCAGGAACAGACGCAGAUAUCGCCUUCCAGGUUUACGGAUCGAAGGGGAAGAGUGAUGAAAUUAAACUGGACAACAAAACAGACAAUUUUGAACAGGGACAGGUGGACAAGUUUAUGGUGGAGCUGCCUGAUUUGGGAAAAUUGACCAAAUUCCGUAUCUGGCAUGAGAAGAGAAAUCCUUUUGCAGGAUGGCAUCUUAGUAAGUCAACUCUGAUGAAGACGUUGACGAAGGAGAAGUAUACGUUUCCUUGUGAGCGCUGGCUGGACACAAAUGAGGACGAUAAUGAAGUUGUGAGGGAGCUCCCUGCCACCGGAGAACUAAUCCCCGAGCCACUACCCUUGAUCAAAUACAGAGUGACAGUUUGCACAGGGACUAUCGGCGGCAGCGGCACGGACGCGUCUGUUUUUCUAAAUCUGAUUGGAGACCAGGGGGACACCGGAGAUCGGUGGCUGGUCAACUGCAAAAACAACGUCAACAAGUUUGAGAAAGGAAGCUUGGAUGAGUUUAUAAUCGAGGCAGUAGCCCUCGGGCAGGUGCGCAGGGUGAGGAUCGGACACGAUGGCAAAGGUGGAGGCUGCGGCUGGUUCCUGGAUAAAGUGAUUGUAAGAGAGGAGGGUCAGGCCGAGGCCAACGCCGUAGAGUUCCCCUGCAACAGGUGGCUGGAUCGCAACGAGGAUGACGGACAGAUUGUGAGGGAGCUGGUGCCAUUCUCGGACGGACAGCGUCUUUACAAUGUCGACUAUCACAUUGCGGUGAAGACAGGUGACAUCCCCGGGGGCAGCUCAGACUCCAACGUGUUCGUCAAGCUCUACGGAGAGAAAGGCGACACCAGUAAGAUGUUGCUGGUGGUCUCUGCCAACAACCUGGGGAACUACUUUGAGACGGGCCGCAUCGACAUCUUCACGGUGGAAACCUUUGAUAUUGGACAGAUCAAUCGUCUGAUGAUUGGCCACACCAACGAGGGCAUGCGUGCCGGCUGGUUCUUGGACAGUGUUCAGAUUAUGGUUCCAGUCCACGGAAAGCAUUACAUGUUCCCCAGUCACCGCUGGCUGGACGAGGACGAGGCCGACGGCAAGACGGAGGUGGAGAUUUACCCAAGCGAGAUCCUGGACAUGGAACAACUGAUUAACUUUGAGAUAACAGUAUUGACCGGUGACGUCACGUUUGCUGGCACCAAUGCCAGAGUGUUCAUCCAGAUCUACGGAGAGAAGGGGAAGACGGAGAUUAUCACGCUCGAAAGCAGAUCCAACAACUAUGAGCGGAACACCACAGAAAUAUUCAAGAUAGAAGCCAAAGACGUGGGGAAGAUCUUCAAGAUCCGCAUCGGUCACGAUGGCUCCGGAAUAGGUUCCGGCUGGUUCCUGGAGACAGUGGACGUCAAACAUCUGAUCAUGGCCCUGGUGCCCAAGGAGAAGAAGAAGGACGAUAAGAAAAAGAAGAAGAAAAAGAAAAAAGACGAAGACAACGAUGACGAGGAGGGAGGAGAGGAGAUGCAGGAGGUGGUGCUGACCUACCAUUUCCCCUGCUCGCGCUGGCUGGCCGGGGGAGAGGAGGACGGAGAGCUGGUGGUGGAGCUGCUGCCUGAGGAUGCAGAGGAUCUGGAAAUCAACACCUAUGAAGUGUGCGUCUUCACUGGUGACAUGCUGGGUGCCGGGACCGACGCCAACGUCUUCAUUAAUAUUUAUGGAGAAAACGGAGACACCGGAGAGCGCUAUCUGAAGAACUCUGACAACCUCAACAAAUUUGAGCGGGGGCAGGAGGAUGUUUUCACGGUGGCAGCUGUUGAUCUGGGUCCUCUGAAGAAGCUACGAAUCCGCCAUGACAACACUCACUCUUAUUCAUCUUGGUACCUGGAUCGUGUUGAGAUAGUCGACACGAAGGAUGAUACAACGUACUAUUUCCCUUGCAAUCGCUGGCUGGCUGUGGACGAGGACGACGGACAGGUAGCAAGAGAGCUGGUUCCGGUGGACGAGGCCUUCAUGAGGAAGGAUGAGGACGAGGAAGGGACCGGUGCCACGCUGGGGCUCGAGCAGAAAUCCAUGUCGACCACGUAUACUCUGAAAAUAAAAACCGGAGAAAAGAAGUACGCUGGGACUGAUGCCAAUGUCUUUGCCAUCCUGUUUGGAGAAAACGACGACACAGGGAUCGUCAACCUGAAGGCUUGCAAGAACUAUAAGAAUAAGUUCGAACAGGGGAUGAUCAACGAGUUCACGGUGGAGGCGGUGGACUUGGGCGACCUGGAAAAGAUUCGAAUUGGGCACGACAGCUCAGGGGGUUCAUCUGGUUGGUUCUUGGACUGGGUGGAGGUCGACGCCCCCUCACAGGGUCAGAGACUGCGCUUCCCAUGUGGCCGCUGGCUGGAUAAAGGAGAGGAUGAUGGGGCAACUGUAAGAGAUCUCUAUCCCGCCGAUUUGCAGACUGAAUUCUACAUGCCAUUUGUGCCGUAUGAGAUAAAGAUAUACACCAGUGAUGUGUUCGGAGCGGGGACGGACGCUGACGUGUUCAUAGUCUUGUAUGGCCAAAAGGGAGUGUGCACUCAGCAGAAAUACCUGUGUGUCAACAAGAGAGAGAGACGUCUCUACUUCGAGAGGGGAGCUGAGGACAUGUUUAUUGUGGAGCUGGAAGACAUCGGCGACGUAAUAGAGAAAAUCAGGAUAGGACACGACAACAGGGGCACCAACCCUGGAUGGCACCUCGACAGAGUGGAGAUCAGGCGACAGCUCAGGAAAGGAAAGGGUUCGGAGACGACCAUUUUCCCAUGUGAGUGCUGGUUAGCCAAGUCUGAAGACGAUGGGGAGACGGUGAGGGAGCUGGUCCCCUCGGACAUCAUCACAGAGAAACUGCUCAGGGAUGGGAAGCUGAAAACGACUGAAACGGAGGUGGAGGACGCUUUGGAGACUCACACGUACAAGGUGUCCGUGCGGACAGGUGAUAUGUACGGAGCGGGAACCGACGCCAACGUUUUUCUCACCAUCUACGGAGACCUGGGAGACACAGGAGAACGCAAACUCGCCAAAUCUGAGAACAACAAGAACAAGUUCGAGAGAGGAGAGGUGGACAAGUUCACUAUCGAGGCUGUGGACUUGGGCCAAGUGUUUAAGAUUUGUAUUCGUCAUGACAACUCCAUGAUCGGAGCCGACUGGUACCUGGACCAGGUAGAAGUGCUGGAUGAGGUAACAGAGGAGGUGUACAUGUUCCUGUGUGAGCGCUGGCUGUCGAAGAAGAAGGAGGACAAACGCAUAGAGAGGACCUUCUUCGUCAAGGGUUAUGAAGGUGAAAGGCAGACUGAUCCAAAUUCAAAGAAGAUGGCUCAGGCCAAACUGGGGCUGGACAGAAAUGCCAACAAGAAGAAAAAGAAGAAAAAGGCGGCAGUGGUGGAAGAGGGUCCAAUCAUCCCCUAUCACUUCACCUUGUCCACGGGGAAAGACCGAGACGCCAGCACUACAGCCAGAGUCUAUGUCAUCAUCAUGGGCCCCAGCGAGGUGGAGACAGAACGACUGUGGCUGGACCUGCCCGAGGGAAAGAAAUCCUUCACGGCCGGCACCAUGGAGCACUUUGUGUGUUAUGGAACUGACGUAGGAGAGAUCAAGAGGGUGGAACUCGGCCAUAACGGUGUCACACCAGAGAGCUGCUGGUUGGUGGAUGAGCUGUCGGUUGCCGUGCCAACCAAAGGUAUCAAGUACAUCUUUCCAUGUAAGUGCUGGCUGGCUAAAGACAGGGGAGAUGGUCUGACUGCCAGACUGUUCAACGUGCUGGACUCCAGCACGAUCAACAUUAUCCGCAAAGUUAUUUAUUCAGCCACAGUUGUCACAGGUGACACUCAGUAUGCAGGGACUGACACCAACAUCUUCCUGACGGUGUACGGAGCCAAUGGGAGCACAGAGGAGAUGCUGCUGCCCAAAAAUGAGGACAGGUUUGAAAGGGGUCAAGAAGACACAUUCAGUCUGGAGAUAGACGACAUCGCUCCUCUGAAGAAGAUCAGAGUUCGGAUUGAUGGCUCGGGGAGUCGCCCUGACUGGUUUCUUGACAGGAUCCUGAUGCGGAACCUGACCACAGAGGAGGUGUAUCUGUUUACCUACGAGGACUGGCUGUCAAAGACAAAAGGGCCGAAGAGAACGAAAGUGUGCGAGCUGGCAGCUGUGGUGGAUGACGAGGAGAUGGUGGAGAAAACAACCUACAUCAUCCAAGUCCAGACCAGUGAUGUCGGAGGUGCGGGCACUGAUGCCAAUGUGUGUGUGAUGUUGUUUGGGGAGUACGGUGACACUGGCACGCUGCCGCUGAAGGAGAGCACCAACAGGAACAAGUUUGAGCGUAAAAUGAAAGACGUGUUCAGAUUCCCUGACAUGCUCAGUCUGGGCGAGCUGUCCAAGGUCCGAGUGUGGCACGACAACAAAGGCCCUGCUCCUGGCUGGCACUUGGAGUACAUCGACGUUAAAGAUGAGACCAUGGACGAGACCUUUAGGUUCCCCUGUGACCGCUGGUUAGCUAAAAACGAAGAGGACGGGCAGAUAAUGAGGGAGCUGGCCUGUGCCAACAACGACUCUAUAGACCUCAGUGACAAAACCAAAUAUGAAAUUGCCACAACAACCGCUGACACUGGCGACGCCUCCACCUCGGAAAACGCCUGGAUCGUGUUGGAAGGAAGGAAAGCCCGCUCCAAGGAGUUUGUUCUGGAGAAUAAGAAAAAGAAGUUCUUAAGCGGUGCCACCGACACGUUUGAGUUCUCGUCGAAGCACGUGGGGGAGAUUGCCGGCAUCUGCAUUGGCCACAUAACCAAAGAUGGAAAGAAGGUGAAGAGUGGAGCCUUUUGGCACGUCAUGGAGGUGGUGGUGACAGAGAAGGAGCUGGGGAACAAGUAUUUCUUCCACUGUGAUGCACGAAUCCCACUGGCAGCCAAAAAGGACCAGUUCCUGACAUUCGAGUGCUUCAAGUCUGUCGAGAGCUUCGCCAGCAAGGUCCGCAACCUGGUCCCCGUCAAGUAUGAGAUCAUCAUCAUCACCGGGGAUGUGAAAGGGGCCGGCACGGACGCCAACGUCUUCAUCACCAUCUACGGCGUCAACGGCGACUCGGGCCAGCGUCAUCUGCGGCAGAAGUUCCGCAACCUUUUCGAGCGAGGGCGAACGGACCGCUUCGUCCUGGAGAUGCUGGACCUCGGGGAGCUGCUGAGGGUCAAAGUGGAGCACGACAACAGCGGCUCAAACUGUGGGUGGUACUUGGAGUGCGUCGAGGUGACCAACACAGCCAACUCAGUGACGACCAUCUUCCAGUGCGGGAAGUGGCUGGACACCCGUAAGGCUGACGGGCAGAUUCAGCGAGUGCUCUACCCGAGAUACUGAGGAGGAGGAGGAGGAGGAUGCAUGAAACAAAGAGUGGGUGAGAAUUUCAUCAGAGACUUUUUGGUCGUUUUUUUCUUUUUUUUUACUGCGUGUCAGAUGAGCUUUGCGAGGAUAAAUAUAUAAAAUUAACAGACCUGAAUGUAAAUUAAUGUCACAUUUAAAAAGAUGAAGACAGAUGUACCUUUUGUAAGUUUGUGCCAACUGCUGAGGUUGCCCUUCUUCUAGCUUUAGAUAAAAAGCCAUUUCUACCUUUUCUUGUCUUGUGCAAUUAGAGAUAUGAACUUAAACAGACCGGAGUGUUGCCCAAAGCAAAUAAUCCCACACAAUAAACAUUCAGCUUUAAUUUGUUCUUUUCUUUUUUUUUUUCUAAUGAAUCUAGAUGUGUUCGCACCGGUUCACACAUCAUGUUACUCUCUGCUUUUUUCCAAUCACUUGACACUUACAGGUGGAAAAUAAAGCCAGGAAAAUGGUCCAACAAAGCUGUGUUGCCUCAUUUAAAUGAGUUAGUGGUCUGGAUUUUAGAAACAAAUCCAUAUUCAUUUAAGAGAGGCUUUGAGAAGUUAGUGUGUUCAAACUUGAAAAGUGAUAAAUUACCUACACUCAAAACAUUCAGAUUUCGUGCCACAAAGUAUUUUGGAGUGGGAUGUCGAUGGAGGAGGGAAAUCGAAAAAGCCACUUACAGCUGUUUUUAACAACUUUUAACUAAGUGAAGAUGGUGGUGAAACAGCUCUAGUAACACCACAGCAAAACAAAAGGUAACUUCCAACUUUUUGGAAAAUCAUUUUGCUUCUCUUGGUCUAAUUUAAUUGAUUGUGUCAGUUUGAUUGACAGCAAGUUUUGUCUCCCUUCCUGUUAGUAGAAAAACUGCGUUGAUUUCUCAGGUAGUGGCUGCAAGUUUUACUUAGAAGGUGGAUCCUUGACAAUUUAUCGGCAUCAGUGAAACCCAAGCCAGUAAUAUGAAGUUAACGAGCGCAGCAUCUAGACAUUCGUAAGGAUACAGUGGGUGGUGGCAUGCACCUUUAAAGUUGGUUUGUUGUCCGCCAAUGCACAUGAAACGACAAGAAGAAGAAGAGCAGCCGAUGUGCACAUGAUGUCAAGCUGCCGCAGAUGAUUAGAGUCACAGAGUGUCGACUAGAAAGCCAAACAUUUCUUCCCCAGGCUUUUUACAGUUUCAGAGGGAGACAGCAUGGUUAUAAUUUGCAACACAUGUUCAAAAGAAACAUUUCUCUGUGACUGCAUUUUCUUUCAAACGACAUUUGGACUGUAGCUAUAGCUUUAUUAAUCACAAAAAGGAGAAAUAUAGACCACUGAUGAAUGGGCUUUAAUGUCACUUGAAAUGAGGUCGACAUUCUCCCUGAAGCAUCUUUGCAACA